CCAGACAUCUCGGACCUCCCCUCCAAAGAUUAUGCACUAUUCCUAAUCUCUACGGCUCAGUAUUAUCUCGCGCCAUUCGCAAAGAUAAUCGAUCACCCCCAGUUUCGGAAACAAACUGAGGACUUCUACGAAAACCCCGCCGUUGAAGCGAGAAAAUCCAGAAUGUGGUACUCGCAGCUCCUGUUCACUCUUGCCUUUGGAGAGGCCUAUGCGCAGACAGCAUCAUCCCAGGCGAUCCCAGGUCUCCAAUUCGCCUCGCGUGCGUUAUCUCUGAUUCCUAGCAUUGUCCCGAUGGAAAAGAACCCAUUGGCCGCAGUGGAGGCGUUGUGUCUAGGAGCGUUAUAUUUGCAAUCAUUGGAUCUGCGGCUUAUGUCGUUUCAAUUGCGAUGGUCUUCACUGACACAUGCCCACCGACCAUGUCAGUUUGGCUCACUCAAACCGAUGCAACACUAUCUUUUGGAUCGCCUAUAUCAUCGACAAGAUUUUUCGACCUUGGUCGGCGCUCCAAGCUCCAUCCGUGACGAAGAUAUCACAACAAAGCUUCCAUCUGAAAUUGACGACUCGAUGAAUGCCGCCGCUAUGACACUUCAAAUUCGGCUCUCUCGUCUCACGGCCACUAUUCUUACAGGUGUCUAUGGCGUGGAUCGAAAUUUCGAUGGGAGCUUGCUGCGAGAGACACAAUCGGUGCUACACAAGCUCGCCGCGGUGUGCAGAGAUUUGACGUCUUACCUUGGGACCACGCUCCAUGGAACCAACAUCAAGACUUCAAAACUAGCCACAAGAUUAAUUCUAUCUUAUCAUCAUUGUGUCGUCCUUACCACUCGACCACUCGUAAUGUGUGUCUUGCAGAGAAGGAUCGCCUUGGGCGAUGACAAAAAGACCAUCCCGGAGGGCCCAAUUAGCUCUCUCCUACAAUCCUGCGCUCACUCCGCCCUGAACAUCCUCAGGGCACUGGAGACCUUAGAUUCGUUCUUACCGUUCCAGCUCGAGACAGCUUGGUCACCGUCAUUCCUUCUGCAAAUAAUCGUUGCGGUGGCUCCGACCUUCGUCGAAGAUAGGGCCUGGCUUGCUACAGCGCACCGAAUAUUUGACAGGAUGAUUUCCAGGGGUAGUCCUGCUGCGCGGCUCCGAAAACGCGACUUCCAACGACUGGAGCAUAUAAUGGCCGAGAUGGAGGAGUUUUCCCCCUGGGGUCUCCUUGGAAGUGACGGCAACUUCGCCAUUUCACCAAACGAAAUUCUUAACCUCACUGAGGGAUUGAAUAUGGAAGAAUUUCUACUGCGCGAGUAA